CUUUGACCCAUAUUAUGUAUCCCCACCCCGAUAAUAUAUAAGACGGAAGGACAAAGCUCAAGCUGCCAGAAUCGUCGUCCCACUUUACGUGUAGAAGCACAGUGUCUUAUUUAACAUGGCGACUCCGGCUGUAUCUCAUCUGGAGAAAGAGAAGGGAAGUAAUGGACGUGGAGAGGAUCUUCCGCGUACACACAAGUGUGGCGAGUGCGGCAAGGAGUUUCGUCGACUGAGUAAUUUAAAGAUACACAUGCGUUCUUACACUGGCGAGAAACCGUUUAGAUGUGAGGAGUGCGGCAAACAGUUUAGUCAGCUGGGUAAUCUGAAGAGACAUAUGAGAACCCACACCGGUGAGAGACCUUAUAAGUGUGAUAAGUGUAGCAAACAGUUUAGUGACCAGGGCAGUAUGAAGAGUCAUAUGAGGACUCAUACUGAUGAGAAACCAUUCAAAUGUGAGGAGUGCGGCAGACAGUUCAGUCAGCUAGAUCAUGUUAAGAAGCAUAUACGGACUCACACCGGAGAGAAGCCCUAUAAGUGCGAAAAAUGCAGCAAACAGUUCAGUCAGCUGUGUAAUUUGAAGAGACACACGCGGACACAUACCGGUGAGAAGCCCUAUAGGUGCGAUGAAUGCAGCAAACAGUUUAGUGUGAUGUGUAAUCUGAAGAAGCAUAUGCGGACUCACACUGGUGAGAAACCCUACCUGUGUAAAGAAUGCAGUAGGAGCUUCCGUACCUCAAGUCAUCUCCGGAGCCACAUGCGAACCCACAGUGAGAGAAGUUCACAGCUACCGAUGUGAAGGUUUUAGGCAUCAGGAGGAGAAGUAGCACAAAGGCAGCUUGACAACGAGAAGCCACGAAAAUUAUUUGCUCGUAUAUAUAUAUAUAUAUAUAUAUAUAUAUAU